UUACUUCACCAAACCAACCAUUCUUUUGAGUCUUUGCCAUUAGCUUUCAAGAUCUCUGCUCUCUGCUUUAGUCAUAUUUCCCAGUUGUUCAUCUGCACUUCAUUUUCCCUUUUGUUUUUCAAAACCUGUUAUUCAGUAAAUUCUAACGCCAAGCCAACAAGCAACAACAAUGGCGGAAGCAUUGGUUUCAGUAGUGCUAGAACAGCUGGCUUCCAUCAGCCUGAAGCAGAUAGAAGAAGAGGUGAACCUGGUCAUCGGUGUCGACCAAGAAGUCCAAAAUCUCAUCCUCCAUCUCCAGGCUGUUCAAGGUCUGCUCCAGGAUGCAGAGGAGAGGCAAGUGAAGGAGGCCAACGUCAAGAGUUGGCUGUACAAUCUGAAAGACGCGUCGUACCAGAUCAACGACGUGUUGGAUGAGUGGAACACCGCCAUUCUCAAGCAUCACAUGGAGAAGCAAGAAAAAGAAUGUGAGAAUAAUGAUCUUGUCCUUGCUAAGAGGAACAAGGUAUGGUCCACCGUUCCCUCCUUCCUCACAAAUAUUCUUAUCUGUUUUGGUCAAAUUGGUGAUCGGAUAAUUAUGCGUCAUGACAUUGCUAAGAGGAUAAAAGAAAUCAAUGAAAGGCUAACUCUGAUAGCCAUUUUAAGAAACAAUUAUAACUUUCGAAGCACAGUAAGAGGCACUGAACAAGUUGAACGAUCCAAAACCACUUCCUUUGUCGACAUGUCUACCAUAAUUGGUCGUGAAGAGGAAAAAAGGAAAAUACUUAGCAUGUUGAAAAGUGAGAGUCGUCAUCAAUUGUUGAUCCCGAUUGUAGGGAUGGGAGGGUUGGGCAAGACUGCUUUUGCCCAAUCUGUGUACAAUGACCAAAAUGUAACAACUCAUUUCCACAAGAGAAUAUGGGUUUGUGUGUCGGACCCUUUUGAAGAGAUUAAGAUUGCCAAAGCCAUCAUUGAAGUUCUGAAUAAAGACGAUACUCGAAAGAACUCAAAUGAGUUUCAAACUUUGUCAGAAUGUAUAUCUGAAAAUAUUGAUGGUAUAAAGUUUCUCCUCGUCUUAGAUGAUGUGUGGAAUCCCACUGAUCCUAAGUGGGAACCAUUGAAGGAAGCUUUGCAAAAAGGUGAUGCAAAUAGUAGAAUAUUAGUGACCACUCGAAAUAACAAGGUUGCUAUUAUGAUGGGAGCAACCAAUGAUCACAUGAUCAAUUUGAAUAAGUUGAGCGACCAAGAUUGUUUGCUAAUAUUCCGUAGAAUUGCAUUCUUUGAGAAAGAAAAAGAUGAGUCUAAGUUGUUUGAUGAAGAUAUUAAGAACAAGAUUGCAAAAAAGGUUGAUGGCUUGCCUCUAGCUGCAAAGACUUUAGCUAGUCUCAUGCGAUAUAAGAAGACAAGAAACGAAUGGGUAGCAGUUUUGGAGAGUAAGAUGUGGGAAUUAGAAGAGGUUGAACAACAGGUUUUUCAAUCACUAUUACUUAGCUAUUAUGAUUUGACUCCAGCUGUCAGACGGUGUCUUUUAUUUUGUGCUGUUUUCCCAAAAGAUUAUGAGUUUGAUAGAAAUGAGUUGAUUGAGUGUUGGAUGUCACAAGAAUAUCUUAGUAUGAAAGGAGAUAGAGAAAAAGAAAGAAUGAUAGGCCAACAGUACUUUGAUAACUUAGUGAUGCGUUCUUUUUUCCAAGAUUUCGUUAAAGACAGAGUGAAUGAUGAUAUUAUUGCCAAAUAUAGUGUAAUUGAGAGAGUUGAGAAUGUAUAAUAAGAAGAACAAGAUAGGUUUUGCAGAGAAUUCAAAUCUGCCAAUUGAGUUUCUUACUUAGUGAAGGGUUAGAUAUACAAGUAUACAAGGUGAUUAUUAGUUACAAACAAUGCACAAGACAUGGAGGGAAACAUGGAGAGUUUCCAUCCCUAAAACAAGGAAUAUGAAAACAAGGAAAAGUAACAAGGUGGUAGACAAGCCAUUUAGGGAUGUCUAUGUUUUGUCUUUGACUUUACUAACACUCCCCCUCAAGUUGGUGCAAAGAUAUCACGCAUGCCCAACUUGUCCAGUGAGUCAUGGAAAACUUUACUUGAUACGGCCUUCGUCAAGAUGUCAGCAAGUUGGUUUUCCGAGUUUACAAAUGGAAACUUGAUUAUACCCCUUUCUAGUUUCUCUUUGAUGAAGUGUCGGUCGACUUCCACAUGUUUGGUACGGUCGUGUUGUACUGGGUUAUGUGCUAUCUCGAUAGCUGAUUUAUUGUCGCAGUACAAGUUUGUAGCUUUCAAUGGUUUAAUUCCCAGAUCCUUCAGUAAUUUCCGUAACCAGAGCAAUUCACAAACUCCUUGAGCCAUUCCCCUAAAUUCUGCUUCAGCA